AGGAAAAAAAAAAGACAACUCGAUUCACUAAGUUUUUGCUAUGUUCGGAUCAUUAGAACAACCGGAUCACAAGGAUUUUUGUACGCAACAUUACUUUGCAUUUCGUCAAGAGACUAUUUUCACGACUUGAACUCACGACCUCCACUGGUUUACCAGUUAUACCAAAACUUUCCUUCCAAAAACUCAGGAGAAGUGAAAAGAAUUUUAGAGGGUAGAAAUUGAACUAAGCUAGUUGUGGCCGAAUGGCAAAAGGUAAAAGAGUUUUUGGAUUGGUGAUAUCUGCUUUUUGGGCAGUACAAAAAAGUAAAAAUAGCACAAGGUUAGCAGCAGCAGAGUUGCAGUACAGUAGAGAGAGAAGUGAUGAUGAGAUUACAAAGACCUUUAAUCUUUGUUACUGACCAAACACUGCAACCCUUAGCAGUGGCAUCAAAGGGUCUCUAAUAAGGGGAUCCUCUGCUCCUCUUAAUUACUCUGCUGUUGCCCUUAUUCCCUUACCUUCUUCUCUAUCUAUCACCCUUUCCUUUGGAGUAGUAGCAAGCAAUUUUUAGUACUAACAAAAUCACCACUUUUCUUUAUUUUGGCCCGUGCAUAUAGUAUUACAGAAAGAUACAUAAGAGAGUUGCAGUCAAACAUAAAAAGCUGUGAACAAAGAGAGAAAAAUGGGUUAGGCUAAUGUAGUGAUGACAUAAAUAUAGGCCUUUUUGUUAUUUCUCGAUGGAAUUAGGAAAGUUGGAUGGCAGAGCCUUUUGGGGGAGGCAGCAGAAGCAGAAGUAUCAGAUUUCAGAGUGGUGCCAGAUACAGAACAUCAAAGAAGAGGAGAGUUGUGAGGAAACAAAGCAGUAAAUUAAAGUAUAAUCAAUCAAAAGCUGGAACAAGAAAAGCACAACAAGGGUCUGAGUCUGGAUCCUCACAGGAAUCAACACCACCAUUAUCAUCCCAACCAAAACCAAAACCAAGAUUCAUCUUUAAGACAUGUAGUAGAAGAGGGAAAACUAGAAGAAGAAGAAGAAGAAAACCAAGACCCUUCAGAAAAAGAACCCCAAUUUUACCUCUAUCCUCAACAACAAGCAUUUUUCCCCCACAACCAUCAGCUGCUGCCACCACAACCCCAGCCUCCCAAGAAACGUUCAUACUUCCCUUCAUUGGAGCAAAACGUCGAACAUGCAACAUUGGGAGAAAAAAUGGGAGACAGUCAACACCAAAAUCACCGAACCACAUCAAGAUUAGGCCUAAGGAGUACUGUAGGCGAGAUAGUAGAAGUUCAAGGUGGUCACAUUGUAAGGUCUACAGGUCGCAAAGACCGCCACAGCAAGGUUUGCACAGCCAAAGGCCCAAGGGACCGCCGUGUACGCCUCUCUGCUCAUACUGCUAUUCAGUUCUACGAUGUCCAAGACCGCCUUGGCUAUGACCGUCCUAGUAAAGCUGUGGAUUGGCUCAUCAAAAAAGCCAAACCCGCCAUUGAUGAACUAGCUGAGUUACCCGCCUGGAAACCCACACUUGGUUCUGGUUCUAUUUCUGUUUCUGCUGCAAACACUAGUAAUCUUGAACAAGACCAAUCUCAAGAUGAGAACUUUACAUUCCACCAAGAAAAUGCUACUACUAGUUUUUUUGAUAAUGCUGCUGGCCCUUCUAAUAAAAGGGCUAUGACAACUCUGCGGAAUGAAACCAAUACUAGUGGUAGCUUUCUGCCUCCAUCUUUAGAAUCUGAUGCUAUUGCUGAUACUAUUAAGUCCUUUUUUCCAAUGGGUUCUUCAACAGCAACAAAUUCUUCAGCUAUGCAGUUCCAGAGCUU